UGCUCCACCCCUGGUGUUCCUGUUUUCCAGGUCUUUGUCCCCGGAACUUGCACUCACUCCUGGGUGUCCACCAGGGUUUUCUGCUCGCAUCUGGAUCCCAGUACGACUAACAUACAGUCCAGCGUCCUGUCCUCCAGAAACCACCGUCUCCUCCAGUUUGGAAAGAAAGCAAGAAAGGAAGAAAAAACACUUAUCGGACAACUUUCUGUCUCCUACUCUCUCACUGUGGUCUGUGCUUUUCGUCGAAGCUGUGAAGCAGUAGUGGGAAUCUGAGAUUCCUGCUGCAAUUAAAAAAAAAAAAAAAAAAAGAAAAGAAAAGUUUUUUACGCGUUUUUAAACUCUUGUGUUUUGCCCCGUCGGGCUUUUUUCGUCAGAGUCUGGAACCCGACUUUAAUCCCGCAUACCGUAGCUUUCAGGCGGACAUCGUUUGAGCAGUGUUGAAGGUUAUUUUCGGCGUUUUUCCCCCUCGAAGUUUGUUUCAGAGGUGGCCUCAGAGCUGAAUGAAGUGUCUGUUGAGCUGAAGGAAUCAGCGCGUCUCCAUGAGGAAACUCAGCGUGGGAGUCGCUCAAACUUUGUCCUAGCCUACACACACCUGAGCGGUUAUCUCCACUUUUUCCGUGUCGUUAACGUUUUUUCCCAGUUUCCAACACGCGCACAAUGAAGACUGUGCUCGUGCUGUGUGUGCUGUGUACUCUGGUUGUGUUGUCUGUUUCGGGGACCGCGGAGCAAAAGUUGAAAAACUGCAACGAAGUCCGAGCCGCUUACAGCUCCAAGGGCUUCAACGUCAACGAUGUGCCCAACAAAGGGAUACACGGAGCCCCCCUGAAAGUGUGUCCGCAGGGUUUCUCCUGCUGCACAGUGGAGAUGGAGGAGAAGCUGAGCCAGCAGAGCCACUCAGAGAUCAAAGCUCCUGUCUCCAGGCUUAGCACCAACCUACAAUCCACCUUUAGACAGAGACACGACCACUUUGACAAGUUUUUCCGUGAGCUCUUAAAAAAUGCUGAGCUCUCACUGCACAACAUGUUCGUGCGAACAUAUGGGAUGAUGUACGUGCAGAACGCAGAGCUGUUUAAGAAUUUCUUCGAGGACCUGACGCGUUACUAUGUGUCUGGCAGCUCUGCCAUCAAUCUGGACUCCAUGCUGUCAGACUUCUGGGCUGAGCUCUUGGAGAGGAUGUUCAGGCUGGUCAAUGUGCAGUAUGAGUUCAGCGACGCAUACAUGGAGUGUGUCAGCCGGCACACGGAGCAGCUGCAGCCGUUCGGCGAUGUGCCUCGCAAGCUCCGCAUCCAGCUGACGCGGGCCUUCGUCGCUGCACGCACCUUUGUACGUGGCCUGGCCCUCAUGCCAGAGGUGGUCAAUAAAGUCUCCAUGGUCAGUGCUUCUCCCAGCUGUGUGCGUGCGGCCAUGAAGAUGUUGUACUGUCCCUACUGCUCCGGCCAAGUGGCUCUGAAACCCUGCCAGAACUACUGUCUGAAUGUGAUGCGUGGCUGUUUGGCCAACCAGGCUGACCUGGACACAGAGUGGAACAACUUCCUUGAUGCAAUGCUCAGUCUAGCAGAGAGGCUCGAGGGUCCUUUUAAUUUUGAGUCUGUCAUGGACCCCAUCGACGUGAAGAUUUCUGAGGCCAUCAUGAACAUGCAGGAGAACAGCAUGCAAGUGUCACAGAAAGUCUUCCAGGGUUGCGGGCAACCUAAAACGAGCAUGGCCUUCCGUUCCAAGCGCAAUGUCAAAGAAACCGGCUUUACCGGCCGCUUCCGCCCCUACAGCCCUGAUGCAAGGCCCACUACAGCAGCUGGGACCAGCUUAGACCGACUGACGAGUGAUGUGAAAAAGAAGCUAAAACAUGCAAAGAAGUUCUGGUCCACGUUGCCAGAGACGGUCUGUGCAGGCGAGAGGAUCGCACCUGGAGACGAGUGCUGGAAUGGAACGGCAAAAAGCAGGUACGAGUCGGUUGUCAUCGGAAACGGACUGGCCAAUCAGGUAUCGAACCCCGAUGUGGAUGUUGACAUAACAAAACCAGACACUGUGAUCCGCAGCCAGAUCGCAGUUUUGAAAGACAUGACGAGUCGACUGAAAGCAGCUCACAGCGGCAACGACAUCUCUUUUGAUCCCGAUGUCGAAGGCAGCGGAGGAGAAGAAAGCGGCAGCGGUUGCGACUCUCCAUCCUGUGACACAGACAAGGACAUUUACUUCUCCACUCCAUCGAACCCUAAGGUCUUAGUGGUGGUGGGCAAAAAUCCCACAGAUGCAGGAGUCACCUCACGGGGGAGUGUGGCACUGGCGCUCUUCGGGCUGGUCCUGGCCCUGCUCGCUCCCCACUUGAGAUAAGACUGCCUGGGCAGGGAGAGGAAGAGAACGAGCAGGGAUGACGGAGCGAAGGGGAAAACUGUCAGAGAGGCUUUAAAAAGACUGCCUUCAGGACCUUGGACUGUCCGCCAUCAGGGGUGGGGGGGGACUCUUCCUAAUAUUACAAUAACUUCACUUUUAAUUAUUUGUUUGUAUGUUUUUAUGGACAUCAGUGUACAGCAAUAUGAUUAUCCUCCAGAACUCCACCUCUUUCCCCCUUUUCUCCCUGCAGAUAAACUUUUACACCUUAUGGCUCUGCUGGAACUCCAGUACGGUUCUGCUUGCAGCGUUACAAACAUUAUAUAAUUGUCUUAUUUUGGCAGUUUAAUCUCAUAAUUAAUUUUGUGCCUUCUUUGAUGAUUGCCAUCACAUAACUAAAUAGCAAGCAAGAUGUUUGGCUGAACAUGAGUGCCUGUGGUUGGACGUACUUCAUAUUUCUGAGGAUGCUCUUUCUUUUCAUCACUCAUUUUGAUUAUUCCAAGAUCAACAAUGUAGAAUGUAGGCGUAGAUCAGUGAUUGUUAUGGCUGCUAAUUCACAACAGUCAUUUUGCUCUUUUGAAUGUGCAAACUGUGAAUGUGUCUGUGGAUUAUACAUAUACACACAUCAGCUAUUAUGAAGCUUUACUUUGCUUCGGAGGGAGGUGGUUAAAGUCUUUCCAGGCUCAUCCUUCAGAAAUACUGCGAGAGAAGUUACAGCACAGGUAUUUAUGUUUCACCUGGAGAUGGAAGCAUUCUUUAGAUGAGCUUUUGGGGCACUCUGCAAGCCCAAACAUGCAUAUUCUACAUCAGCCAUGAGCAUAAUCACAGCCUAAUUUUAAAAAGUUUCAUAUGAUUUUAGUAAUUUAAUUUCCUCGGCUUUAACAGCUCAGUAAUAAGGUCAUACCUCAUGCAUGCGCUCAUUGUCAAUGCAAUCUAGAGAUGUGGAGCUGAAAGUGUCUGGUAGAGUUAAGGACAUGUGGCUGGCGUCCUAGUGAAAGGAACCGAGGCUUGGAAGGAGAGAGACACCCCUGGCAUUAACCCCUGAAGAAGAAGAAGGCAAAGCUCUGAAUGCCCUUUCUGGUACUGUAAGCUCAGUUCAGCACGGACGAUCUGACUCGAUACAGUCUUACUUGUUUUAAAACAAUUGUUUUGGGGGAAGCGAUAUGUAUGUUCACAUUAAACUAUAGAAGAGAAACAAAAGACAGUGUGUUAAUAAAACGAAAUCAAGAAAAGAUUAUUUUAAUACAGGGUUUUAUGUUGAGGAGGCGUAAUUUUUAGCUGUUUGGUAUGAAGAUAUAUAUUAGGUACUACAGUGGAUUUUACUCCUAGUUUUAGGUGGUGGAAGUGGACAACGUGCAGAGGACAGCGAGCGCUUCCUGUCACUGUGCACAGUAUUCUGGGCGCUUUUUUUCCUUUUUUUUUUUUUUUUUUUUAAUGCCCAAAUCCCCCGUCCCACAAUACACACUUGUACCUCCAAAAUGGCCUGUGUCAGUAUAAAUGGACUCAUCCAAAAACAUUUGAUGAUCUACCUAUAUAUAUAUAUAUAUAUAUAUAUGUAUAUGUAUACAUGUAUGUGUGUGUGUGUGUGUGUGUAUAUAUAUAUAUAUGUAUAUAUAUGUAUAUAUAUAUAUAUAUAUAUAUAUAUAUAUAUAUAUAUAUAUAUAUAUACACACACUCACACACUCACACUCCUUUUCAUGAUUUCAACUCAAGGUUGUUAUUGAAGUAUUGUCACAAGUGCUACGGAAAUUAAUGCAAUGUAUGGUGCCUGUUGUUGUUGUUUUUUUUUCCAAACCCUUGGUACAUUUUUUUUAGCAAAUCCUUAUGGUAAAAAAAAAAAAAAGAAUGUUGAUGUGAGGAUGUGGAUCUGUUAUCAUUGUCAAAUGCCCUGUGGGGCUAUGAGUACAUUGUUAGCAGCAGCACAACAUGAGAUUUUCUGUUUUAUUUAAUAAUUUGGUUUUUACAUUGCAUUACUUGGUUACUAUGCUGCCUUAUGUAGGUUUUUUUCUGUAAUUUAUGCAUGUAGUUUUAUGUCCAUAACAUAAAUGCUACUGCAGCUUACUUAGAUUAUCCAAAACACAGUAUUCAGAAUGUUUCAAUACACAUAAUUUAGGUGAAAACAUAUUUAAUUCGAAAAGUAUCACAUUAGGGGCUUUAAAUAUGCAUUUUAUAAAAAAAGAGGGAAAAAAAUGAAAAUGGAUUUGUGUGUUUCACAUGUAUCUGCUGGUCUGAAAGCCCUGGCUUCAGUAAAUACUGGAUCGAUCCUUUUGGCCUGAUUUGAAACUGACAAGUUGAUUGUAAGCUGACAUGAAAUUCUCUUUGAAAAAGGUGCUGAUCAGUCUGUCUGCAGACAUGGAACACAUUGAGGAUGUCAAUAUUGAGAAUCUAAAAAGGAUUUAAGCAGAUGAAACAUCUAUGCAACGCAUCUAAAGUACUGAAGCCUUAAUUUAAAAAGAUGAAGCUGUGCUUCAGCAGCGUGAUUCGGCAUUACUUCUCCAUGAGACUGGUUAUUUUCUCCUGACUUUGUGUUCCACCUACAUUUCUAUGAGGGCUUGUGCAUGUGUUCUUUUCAUGUGGACGAGUUGUGUUGAGUGUGAAGAAAACCCAUCUUUUCUGACCAGAGGAGAUGUUGUGGGUGAUGAUGGUGAAUGUCUGUGCUUGCGGGCCAGGGCAGCAACAUGUUCCGGCUAGCAGGAGUUGGUCCAGCAGCAGGAUGUUGUUCAUUUGAUCCACAGAGUAACUUCAGUCUAGUGACUUUAAAGUUGAGUUGGACAGGUGCCUUUGGCCCACAAGAACAGAAUGGACUCAUUUUCUGAGGACUGACUGAAAAGAUUUAAAAAAAAAAAAAAAAUGUGUAAAUAAAGAGCAGCCGUUUUAGAUGUCUCUAAAAGAGGCCGUAACAGUACACCAGAUUUUUACUUGUCAGAUUAUCUCCUAAAUGUUAUGGAAAAAACGAGA